AUGGCAAUAUUUAAACAAUUAUCCACCACCCUAGCGUUUAGUGCUUUAGCUCUCAGCGCCGCAAUCUAUCCCAGAGAAGAUGAUACCAUAAGUACGAAACCUGCUUGUGUUAAGGCAGAUGCAUUAGUACCAUCUUUUCAAAAAUCGAUUGAUACCAUCUUGUUUGACGCCGAUUACAAAAAUGCUUCAAUUGAAAGAUUAAGUGGUGCCGUUCAAAUCCCUACUUUGAUGGAUGAUGAUCCACCUAAUCCAGAAGAAGACCCAGAUUAUUAUUCAGAAUUCAUUACUCUACACAAUUACCUAAAUGAAACCUUUCCCUUAAUUCAUAAAAAUUUAAAACUUGAAUUCAUUAACACAUUUGGGUUAUUAUAUACUUGGACAGGUUCUGAUGCAUCACUAAAACCUAUGUUAUUCACAGCUCACCAGGAUGUUGUCCCAGUAAAUAAUGAUACUAUCGAUGAUUGGUCUUUCCCUUCUUUCUCAGGACAUUAUGAUAAUAAGACCGAUUCUCUCUAUGGUAGAGGUUCAUUUGACGUGAAAAAUUUAAUGAUUGCUCAUAUGGAGGCUGUAGAAAAAUUACUAGAAGAUGGUUAUCAGACAGAUCGUACAGUCUUGUUAGCUUAUGGGUUUGAUGAAGAAGCCGGCGGUUCAUGGGGUGCAAAGUACAUUGCUAACCAUCUUGAAAAGGAAUAUGGCCAGGGUGGUAUAAUGGUGAUGUUUGACGAGGGUCCUGGCUUAGUCAAGCUUGGUAAUAACACGUAUGUUGCUGCUAUUCCUAAUGCAGAAAAGGGUUACCUGGAUGCUGAAGUCACAAUUAACGGUGUCGGUGGUCACUCUUCUUCUCCACCUGCUCAUACUACAAUUGGUGUUGCUGCCUCUAUGAUCACUUCCUUGGAAGAUAACCCACCAUUUUUUAGUUUUAAUAUUGAAAAUCCAUUGUACGGUUUCAUAACUUGUGCUGCUGAAUAUUCAACUUUACUUCCUAUGUCGAUGAAGAAAGUGGUAUUGGGUGCUUCUACUAAUAAAACUUUAGAAAAUCUAUUAGGAUUAACUCUAUUCACCACUGAACUAACUAAAAACUAUGUUACUACUACUCAAGCAGUUGAUUUAAUUGACGGAGGUCUUAAAGCAAAUGCUCUACCAGAGACUACCGAAUUUACUACUAAUUACAGAAUUGCUUAUGGUUCGUCAGUUGCAAACACAAAAAAAAGAUUUUUAAAAUACGCAAACCUUACUGCUGCCUCAUUUGGUUAUGGCCUCAUAGUCGACAAUAAACAAAUAAUCAAUACUACAAGUCUUGGUUAUAUAAAUGUUAGUUACGUAGCAUCGUUAGAACCAUCUCCUGUUUCUCCUUCAAGUGGUCCAACGUGGGAUCUACUUACAGGCACGAUCCAAAAUUUAUUUGUUAAUGAUCUAUGGGGACCACAAAAUUUGGAUAACAAUGUCUACAGUGCAAGUGCAAUUGUCACUACUAACACAGACUCCAGACAUUAUUGGAAUGUUACUGAUACCAUAUAUAGAUUCAUUGGUGCUGUUACAAGCCCAACUAUCUUGGAAACAAUUCAUAGCGCUGACGAACAUGUCAUUAUGGAUAAUCAUCUACAAAGUGUUGCAUUCUUUUAUGAGUUUAUUGUUAAUACUAACGAACAUGGCCAAGAGAUUAAAUAA